CUGUUUUCCCUUUUUUUUUUCUUUUUUUUUUUUUUUUUUUUCUUUUGCAAGACUUCAUUUCAGCUGCCACAUUGACAGCAGUUGUCUGUUUAUGCACAGAAUAGGUACAGCACAGGCAGGCUUCAGGCUUCCCCACCCCCUUGGUCCCCAUCCUCCUGCCCUCCUGCACUGCAUCCCCCGUGCCCCGCAGCAUCACCCUGAGCCAGAGGGCUCACAGCGAGGUGAAGGGGGGAGCUGAGGCAUCCAUCCCACCGCCACCGGCUUGUGUUGCAUCCUAAUUGCAAAUAGCCCUUCCGGCGUCAGCAGUUUGUGGCAAUAAUUGACAGGAGGUGCCGGCGAGGUGCUGAGUCAGAGCGAGGUGUGCUUGCCAAGUCACUGCAGCAGAAGGAGCCCGAUCGCCUCGUGUGGAGGGAUGCCAGUGGACGGUCUGGUGUGUCCUCUGGAGGUGUCAGUCAGUUCAGGGAGUAUCCAGGUUGCCCGAGGCCAGACAGCAGUGUUGCCCUGCACCUUCACCACUAACGCUGCUCUCACUAACCUUAAUGUCAUCUGGAUGGUCAUUCCUCUUUCCAACGCCAACCAGCCUCAACAGGUUAUUCUCUACCAAGGGGGUCAGAUCUUUGGUGGUGCACCCCAGUUCUAUGGACGAGUGGGGUUUGCUGUGACAAUGCCAACCACCAGUGCCUCCAUCUUCAUCAACAACACUCAGCUAUCGGAUACUGGCACCUACCAGUGUUUGGUCAACAAUCUUCCCGACCGAGGCGUCAGGAAUAUUGGAGUCAUUGGACUGACUGUCUUGGUUCCUCCCUCUGCCCCGCUUUGCAGAAUCCAGGGGUCCCUGGACGUGGGCAGCGAUAUCACACUGACCUGCAGCUCGGAAGAAGGCAUCCCCCGACCAACAUACCUCUGGGAGAAACUCGACAAUGUCCCCAAGUUGCCCCCAACUGCCACACAAGACCAAGUCCAGGGCACUGUCACUCUCAGAAAUAUCAGCACUGCGUCCUCAGGUCUUUACCAAUGUGUGGCUUCAAAUGCCAUUGGAACCAGCACUUGCCUUCUGGACCUGCAAGUCAUUGCACCUCACCCACGGAGUAUCGGCCUGAUUGCAGGAGCAGUGGCCACAGGUGCUGUUGUGCUCGUUGUUUGCAUUGUGUUGGUGGCUGUAGCACUGUUCUAUUGGAAAAAUAAACACAAAGAAGAGGAAGAGGAGGAAAUUCCCAAUGAGAUAAGGGAGGAUGACCUGCCACCCAAAUGCUCCUCUGCCGCCAAGACGUUCCACGCUGACGCGUCCUCAUCAGAGAACGACACCCUCACCUCGUCCAACACCUACAACAGCCGCUACUGGAACGACCCCAAAGCCAACCACGCCACAGACUCCUUCACCCGCUUCAGCAACAGCAACGAUGCUCACCAGCCCCCCUUCUCCCGCUCAGGGAGCACCAGUGCCCGCCCCGUCUACGCCAACGGCGGCCACCCAUCCCCGGCUCCCCCUAAGACGCUGGUGGUGACGGCCAGCACGGCGCCGUCGCCUCAGGAGGUGAUCCGGAGCAACGGCUCGGUCAGCAGGAAGCCGCGGCUGCCACACACCCGUUCCUACGCGGUCAGCCAGGCCACGCUGGAGCGGAUUGGGGCUGUCCCCGUCAUGGUGCCCGCCCAGAGCCGGGCUGGCUCCCUGGUGUAGGACUGUGUUGGCAGCUGAGAGCUGAGCAAGGGGCCUCUCAUCCCCUGGCGUAGGGUGAAGAGACCCUACUCCUUCCUGAAAGGCAGCGAGGCGGUGGGGGGGUCACACAUUCACCUCUCCACCUGCCCUCCCCUCUCGAGGCUGCUGCCAGCUGGUGGGACAGCCCUGGCCAAGCCGCUUCCCCCCAGCUGCUGGAGCUCCUCGCGCCAAUGGACGCCAUGGAUGUGCCAAGGCCGGAGGAUCAGGGAGGUCGGGAUGCGCUCCCAGGCUGCUGGACCCCAGCUGGGACAUGCACUCGGGCCUGACCCUGGGGGGAACUUUUGCUUUUUUUUUUCCUGUUGGUUUUCUUGGGGACUGAUUCCAUCCAUUGGGGUCUUUCAGGGAGGUUUGGGAGUUAUAUAUAUAUAUUAUUUUUUUUCCAUUGUUGUUGCUGUUUUGUUUCCAAGAGGAUGACGACCUGUGUUAGGGCAGGGAAGGCUGCGCAGCCCCAGCUUCCCAUGGCCCUGGCCCCGCUGUUGGAUUAGGGAGAGCUGUGCACUGGGGCUGGGUUUGGGGAGGCAUGGGACAAGCUGGAGGGGUGAGAUGAAGGCACAGCCACCAGCCCAGUCAAGGGGAUGGGUGGGUGAGGGUGUGGGCCAGGAAGCAUUUGUCUUUAUUUUUUGCAGUUCUUCCCCCCACCUCAGCACACACAGACACACACACACAGACAGACACAUGCAGAUCCUCAGACUGGGUGUUUCUCCUGCACUGGGUUGGAGUGCCACCAGAGCCCUGUUUAUAGCUGUGGAGGAUGCAGCCAUCUGAGCAUCUUUCCUUGAGACGCUCGGUGCAGGGCAAGGCUGCACCGCUGCUGCUGCUGUUGAUGCUGCUCUAGGGCUUGGAUCUCUUUUUUUUCCUUUUCUUGGGGUGUUGCUGGGGGUUAUUCAGGAAGCAGAGAGGAGCCAGAUGGUGUCACAGAGCACCACGCAGGUUCAUGAGGCAUCUGUUGCUCCUGGGUUGCUCUGAUUUAGGGCAAGUGUCUUCAAACCCAACAAUUUUGAUGUUUGCAUGGUGGAUUUUAUUCAUCAGGCUGUGCAGGGCUGGGCAGCAUGGCAGGGCUUGAAGCCUUCACAGAGAGGCAUCAGAGUUUUCAUUCCUGCUCUCCCACAGACUUGUUAGCAGGAUUUGUUUCCUGCUUUAGAAUGCAGAGGCUUAAUGAAAGCCCACACACUAUCUCUCUGCCUCCCCCACUUCCCUCGAUGUCCUGGGACUGGGUACUGGUGGCAUCUGCCAGUGGCCCUGCCAUCUCCUUGCAGCCUGGCAGGUGGUUGUGGCUGUCACCUCUACUUUUUUUUUCUAUUGCAACUAAAUAGCCUUAAUCAAAGCCAAGAGUUGAAACCUCUGAAGGAACCUGAUGCCAUUUGGAGGGCUGGACUGAGGGCUGGGAUUUCCUCUCCUAGAGAGCACUGGUUCAAAGAGGCCAUGCCUGGAUAGAUGUUUUGGCCCUCCUGCAUAACACCAAGCCUUGCACAGGCAAAGGCAGUGAUCACCUCAAAAAAGCACCAGAGCCCUCCCAGGUCUGCUCUUGGAAAAGCAACGUGGGGAGUCACAGGUGACUUCCAUAGUUCUCACAUUGGAAAAAGGGUCUGUUUAAGCCAACAGACUCUUCCUCAUCCCCACUUUCCUUGUCCCGGCACGGCUUUACUUUCCCUAGCAGUGCACAAACCUUGGGCAGGGCCUUCUACCUAAGCAGUACAAAUGCAAGCACAGACUCUGAGGAAGAGGAGGGAGAAGUGAGGGCUGGGUUCCCACAUGGACACACUGGCUUUUUGGGAGACUGGGAGCUCCCAAGCAGCGCUAGGUUUGAAGCUUGGCUGAGAUUUUGUGCCUUCUUUUCUUAAAAAAAAAAAAAAAAAAAAAAAAAAAAAAAAGAAAAGGAGAUUAAAAAAAAUCCAACUUCCCUUCUUUCCCCCUCUAUAGCACUGCAUCCAGAAAUCCAGAAUGUGCAAACCCCCCUGGUGGUGCAGGCAGGCGGUUUCUCUGUGUGCACACAUUCACUGGAGCAGUCCUGUUUCCUGCCUGUCUGCUCACAUUGCUGCUGGGGGGGUAGGAUUGAUGGGGGGAAAAAAGUGGCUUUAGAAACCCUAUUGUGGGAAGAAAAAAACCCCAAAACAAUCAAAGAAAAGCCCAGACACAUUCUCUCUGCUUUUGUAACAACCCCUGUGUGACAUUUACAGGAACACUGCCCUCAGCAGGCACCCUCCUCUACUGGGAAAGCUCUUCUGGUUCCUGCCCUCCAUAAGACUGUUUGCUCCUCUUUCUUUGUUCUUUCUAAUUGUAUAAAAUUCAAUAAAAUUUUAUUCAUAUAAGAAAAGGA